AUUUCCUCUCUCUGUCGGUAGUCCAAGAAGGAGGAAAAACCAGCUCUAACUCCAUUGUUGAGCCAAGAAAGGAGAAGGAGAAACAAGAAGAAGUAUCAAGGUUUCCAAAUCUUAAGCUCAAAAACGCAGCAGCCACUUUAAGGAACAUCCGGAAGGUAUCGUAGAGAGGGUUUGGCGUUGGAAUAUUGAAUUUAUAAAUAUUCAUCAUCAUGAAUCAUCAAAUUGAUCAUAUGACAUAAUGUGCCAUAUCAUGAACAUUAUUAUACACUUUGCGGACGUAUAUAUAUGUAUAUGUAUAUGUCUGUUAAUUAUUCUACAAUUCUAGCGUGGUACCACUCAGCGGUUUUGCUAAGCGUGUAGUUUGUAUUUUUUCGUUGACUACACGUAGGUAACAAGAAGACAAUGAUGGAACCAUUCCCGGAGGGCAUUGAGUCAGCGGAGAUGCAAGGAUGGCAGGCAAAUGUUUGGUCAUCAGAUAUUAAACGUGUCAUGAUUUGAUUAUUAUUGUACUUCCGCAUUACUCUGAAAAUAUUUUUAAAUGGGUCGCGAUCCAGAGUCUGUAAAUUUAAUAUUUAUAAGAAAUUAUCAUAUUCAAAUGUCAAGCGAAAUUUUUAUUUAACUCUCGUUUCACCUUAAUUCGUGUAAUUCCGGGUUAUACGGAUUGGGGUGUUACAGUAUUUUCCGAAGAUAAUCCUCGCUUGGCGAGAAAGGCUAUUUGUGAUGAUCUUGCAGGUACCCCGUUCAUGAAAUCAGGGAGAACCAUGCAAACAGCGCUGUCCAGGAGACCAAACAGCGCUGUUGAGGAAACACCGUCAACCAGAAAGUCUGCCAACAGCGCUGUACAAGACCUCAACAGCGCUGUCCCAGGGACCUUCUACUCCAAUCUCCGCCGGGACGGGGACACCAUUCGCAGUAGCAUCAAUCUCUACGACAUAGAGAUUGAUCUGGCUACCUUCGCUCGGGUCGCAGGGCUGCCCACCCGCGGUGACGACAUAACAACAUAUGGCGGCGAUGAUUGGAUCCUCAACAACGAGGCGGUGGUCAUCCGAGAGCUUGGGAUCACCAACCUCAUCCGUCACAGCGGCGCACCAACAAUCCACUCAGCCCCGCUGGAGAAGCGUCUUCUUCUCUACAUCCUCACCCGGAUUCUUCGCCCUCGGGAUGGUAGCCACACAUGUCUCUUCAACGAGGAUCUCAAGGCGGUUCAUGCUAUCACCCACGGCACCUCGAUCAAUUGGGCAAAAUACGUCAUGAUUCACAUGGCGGAUUGCGCCUCCAUUGCCACUGAGCGGAGCUUGCCAUACGCCUUCCUCGUCAUGGACCUCAUCAUCUCCGCCGACAUCUCCAUCGCCGGCCCGGAUACGAAGAUGACAAAGAUUUGGAUCAUCCAAGACAGCACCUUCCGAAAGAAGUCCGGUGACGGAACCGGCGCUGGACCGAGUCGUGCCCGUGCCCCUGCCCCUGCCUCCGCUCCCGCCAAGGCGUCCUUACAGUCCAUAGCCGAUACUCUGAAUCGGCUAACCCUCACAGUGGAUGGCAUGGGGCAGUCAAUCGAGCAGAUGGACUGGACGCUGCAACGCCAACACCAUGACAUGACGGCGUUCUUCCGCAGCAUCAACUACGUCCCGCCGCCCUUUGACAGCACCUUCCUCGGCCAAAACUAUGAAGGCGAGGACGAGGAGGAUAACUCCUAUGCUCUAUCCUCCUCCCCCGACGAGGCCGACUUUGAGGACGCGGUCGACGGGGAUCCCAUGGACGUUGAGGACGACGAAGAAGACGAUGACGCCGAGGACGAGGACGCCGCUGCCUAAAUUCUUCUUUCUUUUCCUUCCUUCCUAUGAUUGUUUUUUUAUUAUUAUUUCCAUUCCGUUGUAUUCCGCAUUUUCUCCUUUUUUCAUGAAUAAAAGUUUACUUUUAUACUCCAAAGUUCACUUUUAAUUCUUUUUCUUAAUGUCAAAAGGGGGAAGAUAUCAAGGUUAUGCAUAAAUUGAGGGGGAAUUA